CCAACACAGGUGAAGGUAAAACAGAUGGGUGGGACAUGUGACUUUAAGUUUAGCUGCGUCUGUGUGAGGGGGGAUCAGAAGUGAAGUGAUGGCCCAGAUGAAGGUAGUGGGAGAGAGUGUGAGGAUCCACCAGGACAGCACGGAUCUUUACUCCGACAUGACUACAGUCAGCUCCAGUGCAGAUAUAGGAGAGUCGGUGAGGAAGGGGACAUUGUGCGAGACCUCUGUGGCUGUAGGAUUCAAUAGACGGAGCAGAGCAUACCCCUCCCCAGCCAGAAGACGCCACCGCACCACCUUCAGCCACAAACAGCUGGAGCAGCUGGAAGUGGCGUUUGGACAAAAUCAGUAUCCUGACAUCUACUACAGAGAGGAGCUGGCUCGAAUCACUAAACUCAAUGAGGCUCGCAUACAGGUGUGGUUUCAGAACAGGAGAGCCAAACAGCGUAAGCAGGAGAGGGCCUCGCAGAAGGUUCUCCCAGUGGGAGUGAUGCCAGGCCACAGGGCGCUUCUGGGAGGCGUGCACAUCCAGCCGUCCGGCAUGUCUCGGCAGUACUACCCCCAGCCCCUGCCCCACAUCCCUCGCCUCUCUUCCAUGUUGCCCUCAGGGGCAUACACCCGCCACCCGGGGCCAGGUAGCCAGUGCCCAUGUCCCGGCGCUUCCACUCAGCCAACCUCCCAGCGGCAGCAUGAUGACUGGUACGGCUCGCUGAGGAGCAACCUCACCUCGCCCAUGUUCUCGCUCACCUCCAUGCCUCCUCUGGAUCCCACCUCUCACUGGAGCUAAGAAGCACCAGAUGUUUCCACACAGAAUACUAAGAAGCCUCUUUUUCAUCUUCACAGUUACACACAUCCUGUUUGCUCUCUCACUGCUGAA